GGUGGCGGCGGAGGCAUGGAGUCGGCGGCGGGGGGAGGCGAAGGUGGCUUCCGUGCCAGCGAGCACCAGCACUCCCGCUACAACCCGCUGCGGGAUGAGUGGGUGCUGGUGUCUGCGCACCGUGUGAAGCGGCCCUGGCACGGACAGCUGGAGAAGCCCCCCCCUGAGGACGUGCCCCGUUGGGACCCCAAGAACCCUCUCUGCCCUGGGGCCACCCGGGCCAACGGUGAGGUGAACCCGAACUACGAGGGCACCUUUGUCUUCCCCAAUGACUUCCCUGCAUUGCAGCCAGAUGCCCCCGAGCCUGAUGACAGUGGCCACCCCCUGUUCCAAGCGGCAGCUGCCCGUGGUGUGUGUAAGGUGAUGUGCUUCCACCCGCACUCCGACCUGACACUGCCCCUGAUGUCGCUGGUGGAGAUCCGGGCAGUGAUUGAUGCGUGGGCAGAACUGGAGGCAGAGCUGGGGGCCUCCUACCCCUGGGUGCAGAUCUUCGAGAACAAAGGGGCAAUGAUGGGCUGCUCCAACCCACACCCACACUGCCAGGUGUGGGCCAGCAGCUUCCUCCCCAACGAGGCGCGCCUGGAGGAGCGGACACAGCGGCAGCACCACAGCCAGCAUGGUGUGCCCAUGCUGCUGGAGUACGCCGAGCAGGAGGCUCAACGUAAGGAGCGGCUGGUGGUGGAGAAUGAGGACUGGCUGGUGGUUGUGCCCUACUGGGCCACCUGGCCUUUCCAGACCCUGCUCCUGCCCCGCCGCCAUGUCCUCCGCCUGCGUGACCUGUGUGACAGCGAGAGGAACAGCCUGGCCUCCAUCAUGCGGCGGCUGCUGAUCAAGUACGACAACCUCUUCCAAGUCUCCUUCCCCUACUCCAUGGGCUGGCAUGGAGCCCCUACAGGCCCCCACCUGCAGGAGGACUGUGGGCACUGGCAGCUCCAUGCCCAUUACUAUCCACCACUGCUCCGCUCUGCCACUGUCCGCAAAUUCAUGGUGGGCUAUGAGAUGCUAGCACAGGCACAGCGGGACCUCACCCCUGAGCAGGCUGCAGAGCGGCUGAGAGCCCUCCCCGAGGUGCACUACAAGCUGAAGCCUCAGAAGACGGUGUGAUGCUGCCCAGGCCUGUGGCGAAGAGCUCAGCUGAGGUCUGUCAGCUUCUUCUGAGCUUCCUCAUGGUCUGUGGCUUCCCCAGCCCUCAUCCUGUCACAUCCCUGCAGUCUCUAUGCCAAAGGGCUUGUCUUCCUCCCAGUCUGGUCUUACUGGUGGAACUGGAAGUGCUGCCCAAUAAACCCGCAAGCAAAGUG